CCCAAGUUCCCUUUUCUCUUUCUAUUAGCUGACACUGUUCGUAAAAUAUAAUUUGCUGUUUCACUUUUCUUUUAAUUGGGUAAGCUGAAUUACUUGAAGGAGGAAGGCAGGAGAGAUAGAGGAGACUGAAGCCAAAGAGCUGCAAUAAAGAAACCAGCAGUUUGAAGUGGAAGCCUAGCGCUCAGGGGAGCCUGGCUAGAAUCUGACCCAGGAGAGAAUCUCUGUCAGCUUCCAGAGCAGAAGCUGUGUGAUGCGUGUCUUUGGCCAGGGGAGAGGCAAGACAUUUGGACUGUUUAUCUGGACUAGCUAUUCUUGGAAUGUGCACACUUAAAGUGAAUGACUCUUGAUCAGUAUGGAGAAAAAAUUUACAUCUUUGUCUCCAUCCAUCUCCAUGCCAGAAAUGGAACGCAAUGAUAACUUCAGCAAUCACAAUAGCUACAGAAACUGCACAAUUGACAACUUCAAAAAGGAUUUUUAUCCCAUUGUGUACUUGACAAUAUUUGUAUGGGGAGUGUUGGGAAAUGGCUUUUCCAUAUAUGUGUUCCUGCAGCCUUAUAAGAAGUCCACAUCUGUGAAUGUUUUCAUGCUAAACCUGGCCGUUUCAGAUCUCUUGUUUGCAAUCACACUUCCCUUUAGGGCUGACUAUUAUAUCAGAGACUUCAACUGGGUAUUUGGAGACCUGGCCUGCAGGAUCAUGUCUUAUUCCUUGUAUGUCAACAUGUAUAGCAGCAUUUAUUUCCUGACUGUGCUGAGUGUCAUGCGUUUCCUGGCAACUGUUCACCCCUUCCGGCUUUUCCAUGUCACCAGCACCAGAAGUGCCUGGAUUCUAUGUGGGAUUAUAUGGAUCUUUAUCAUGGCUUCCUCAUCAGUGCUUCUGCACACUGGCUCUGAGCAGAAGGGCAAUGUUACAUCGUGCUUAGAGCUGAAUCCUGAUAAAGCUGCUAAACUGAAGAUUAUGAACUACAUCGCCUUGGUGAUGGGUUUCCUGCUGCCAUUCUGCAUGCUCAACAUCUGUUACCUGCUGAUCAUUCGAGUCCUGUUAAAGGUGGAGAUCCCAGAAUCCGGGCUGCGUGUUGCUCACAGGAAGGCACUGGUCACCAUCAUCCUUGCCUUGAUCAUCUUCCUCCUAUGUUUCCUGCCCUACCACAUACUGAGAACCCUCCACCUGAUCAUGUGGAAAGUGAGUCUAUGCAAAGAAAAACUGCAUAAAGCCCUGGUUGUCACACUGGCCUUGGCAUCAGCCAAUAGCUGCCUCAACCCUUUGCUCUAUUACUUCACUGGGGAGAAUUUCAAGGACAGACUAAGGACUGCACUCAACAAAUGUCAUCCACAGAAGACAAAGUGCAACUUUCCUGUCUUUGUGUGGUUGAAAAAAGAAGCACAAGUUUAAGUAGUUACUAGGUGAAGCCUAUUCUUGUAUCUCUGUUCCACUUUCAUUCACACAUAGUCUCCAAAUGACCAAGCUCUUUCCAACAAAGUUUGAUUCCCAACAUCUAAUUGACCAUGACUUUUUAAAUAAGACCUACUUCAAAAAUUUCAUGAGAUGUAUUUUCAGUGGUUGAGUCUAAGUGAGAAUGUAGCAGGAAAAACCCCUACUACAGUCUAGCAACUUGAAAUGUCAGACUGGGGAAAAAUGCUGAGCACAGUGCUAAGCUUUUCAUCAAAUCUCUAGCCCACCAGGAAUUCUACAUUUUUUAACUUUAAGAUAACCAUAACUUGCCUAGCUUCUCUGGUUCCUCCGGCCCCUUCAACCCCCUGAUUUGUUAGCCAAUUAACAAAGCUCCUGGAGGAUCCAGAGAAGGUAAGAAGGGCAUCCUAGGAAUUCAUGGCAAAGAAUGGCCAUGAAGAGGAAGGCUGCCCUCUCACAAAGUAGAGCCAAGGCCCCAGAGAAAAACAGUGAAAGGAGAAGGACUGGGACAAGAGAGAGCUGGUGAGAAGUAGUGGAGUGGGGGAGGAAUUUAAUUUUGCACUGAAAGAGGGUCUCUAGCACAGUGAAGGCAAGAAGAUUUGCUUCUCUCUUUUUACUGGGUUAGGAAGGGCAGAAAGACUAGGAGGACGACCUGGGAUGUUGCCCUAAGAGUUUAUAUAUGGAAUUAUGAACGCAAUAGUGGAGAAGGGGGUAUCAAUUUUACUCUUGAGAUUUAGGUUUGGCUGACUUCACUGCAAUUUUUAUUUCUGUACAUGAAUCCACUGGGUUGAGAGACAGAAUAGAGGAGAGGGCUCUCUGAGUUUGAUUGGACACUCAGAGAAAGGGUGGAGUGAAGGGCAAGUGGUUUUACCCCUGAAAUUUUAUUAAUGUUUUAUCAGAACAAGUGUAGGGUGACUUUCCUUUUGAGAGUAUAGAAAAGCACUGGAUAGUUAAGAGGGGUUCCUUUCUGUCUACUGAAACAAGACAGAGAUGACCAUUUACUACCACCAUGACACCAUACUGCCAAUAAAUAAGUGCCCUCUCCAUGCUGCACAGAUUAUGCCAGGCACUUCACAUCUAUUAAUCCCAUUUAACUCUCACACCAAAGCCCAUUUCCAUUUUAUAGAUGAAAAAAUAUGAAGCUCAGAGAAAUUAAGAAAUUUGAAGUUCACACACUCAUAAGAGUUUUUGAAACUUCUAUGCAGAAGGGCUGGCUGGGUGCUUCUACCACUCUUCCCCCUGAAAACCUCCAAAAUGAUUGGUUCAAAGUCUGAAUAAGAAUUUCCUUCCCCUAUCAGGCCCCUACCCCUCUACACUUUUGAGAGAAAACUGAACAACUGAACACCGAGGUUUUCUCUUUGAAAUUGUUACCCCAGGCAGAAUGAAUGGUGGAAGGGAGGUGGUUUUGUGAAGCUAGGGAGUGACUGAAUGAAAGACUUCAUAGCCUUAUAGUCAUUUCCUUACUCAGCUGCCAGAAUGCUGAUAGACUCACCCUAUCAAGACAGGAGCCUAGAGAAUGCUCCUAUGGGAAAGUUGCAGAAGAAGAGAGACUGUUGGGGAUUCCCCAACACGAAAGCCAGUGCCUGUCCUAUUACCUGACAGAGAAGUCCCCCCUGUAACUGAUCCCUUCCACUCACAGAGAGCCUAAUGAGCCUGUUAGAGCCUCACUCUCAUUGUGAACAGUCAGUUAUUGCUACACAUGGGAGAAAAAAGCCCAAAGACAAAAACAUCAAUAACUAAGUGAAAGGGUAGACAGAGACAUCUUCAUAUGAAAUACCACAUUUUUAUCAUCCUUGUACUUUUUAAAUAUCAGAAACCUACUGGAGGAUGUGCUCCUCUAAACAAGAGAUUAAACUAAGAUAAAAAAAACAUGCUAUCUAGGAAACAAGGAAUUCAACACAGGAGGAAGGUGAAGAGAAUUCCCAGGAUGCUGGUUAUAGCAGAAAAACAAGAAACUGAUUUAUACACACACACAUUGGAGGGAUUUAUAUUGUUCUUGGAGAGCUUGAGAUACAGAGUGAAAAUACAUAGAAAAAACAAGCAAGUGAAAAGACAAUAAGACAAUGCAAUUACUCAAUGCCUUAGGGAAAAGACAAUGCAAGUGAAAAGACAAUAAGACAAUGCAAUUACUCAAUGCCAUAGGGAAAAGAAACCAUUAAGAAAUGAAAUAAAGCCAUAGUACACUA